AUGGGAAAUAACUAAUCUAAAAAUGAAGCUAAAUCAAAAAGUAAAAAUACUUUACAAUCAUUUUUAAGCAAUAACAAAAAAUAGAUGUAUGUUUUAACUAAUAUAUUUAAAGUAUUUUCUCCAAGUUAUCAUAAAAAAUAUUGUCAUUGUUGACUAGUUAUUUAAGUAUUAAAGAGUACCAUAACAUUUUAUUAACUUCAAAGGUUACCUACUAAUUAUUUAUUCAAACAUCAGGUUGUUUUCAAAUUGAAUGUCAAAGGCUUUUAAAUGUUAAAGGAGAUUAACUUAUAUCAUAAAAUUGGAAGAAAAUCAUUUAAAGCCUUAUAUUCAUUCCAAUUAGAGGAAUACCCUUCAAUGGAGCAAUUAAAAGUGUUCGAUAAUAAUUAAAAGAACAUCCAAUUAUUGUUGAUGAAAAACUCAAUUAUAGUGGAUUUUAGAAAGCCAUUCUAUAUUUUAUAAAUAAAUCAAAUUUAAACAAUUCAACAUCUCUUUAUAAAGAAUAUCAGGAAUCAAUAGAAUUUGCUAAUAAAAAUUAAGAUCUGAUAUUGAAAUUAAGAUAAGGAAUGGAAAUAUAUAUUCAAUUACCAUAAUUACUUAUGUAAAUUUACACUUUACAUGAUUAUAUUAAAAUAUACAGUCUCUAUUUGGAAAUAAAAUUUAAAAAAUGUAAUUUGUAAUAAUUUAUUCAAAUUUGGCAUCAUUAUAAAGGAUGGAUAAGCAUAUUAGAAUAAGAGACAUAAAAUCUAAUUAAUUAAUUUAAUUAUAUAAUUGAUAAAACUUUUCCUUUUCAUAGAUUACCUAACUAUACUGUACGAUAAUUUAUGGUGAAUUAAUGGUUGAAGAAAUCAGAUAAAGGAGAAAUUAUUGUAAUGUUAAGAGAAGAAUUUAGAUUAAAAAUGAUUGAAAGCAGAAAUAAGAAUAUCAAAUUUUAAGAAUUAAGAGACUAUGUGUAAUAUUUAAUUGACAUUAGCACAAAUUAAACAAAUAUUUAUUAAUAUGGAUAUUAUAAUUUUGAUUAUUGUUAAGAAUUACAUAAAUUGAUUAAUUUAGCAGUAGAUUUGAGUCCUUUAUUAAUAACUGAUUAUUUAAUAGAUGAAAACAUACUAAUCUUUAUUUUUGGCUAAUACAUUUAUGAUUAUCAUAUAUUUGAAUUGUUAUCCUCUUUUAGAAUUGAAUAAUUCAAAUAGAAAAUAAAAGAGUUUUAGUAAUGCAGCUAAAAAAUGACUAAAAUUUCAAUGAAUAAUAUUGAAGAUUAACAAUUAAUCUCUUCUAAUAAUCAUUUAGAUCAUGAAUUACAAAGGUUUCAUAAUUAUUUAUCUAUGUAAUACAAUGUCUAAUUUUAAAUACGAUAGUUAUUCAAAUAAAUUUCUUAUCUAAGUGAUGAUAAUUGUAAUUCAUCAGAAAUAAAAUAAGCAGAAAGUUUAGAGGCAUCAGCAAUAUCAUUUGCAUCUACUAGUUGUAGUUCUUUUAUUUCAAGCAUUAAAAAUAAUGAUCAAUUAUAUCAUUAUGUGAGACAUUAUUAAACAGAUAUCUUUAAUAUGAUUUAAUUAUUUUAUUAAAGGGAAAUUACUAUUAAUCAAUGUAAAUAGGAUAUUGAACCAUAAAAAUAAUAUAUUUAUGAUAUUCCCGAACUUGGAUAAUAUUAGGAUUUAUAAUUUACACAACUAUGGGAAUUAUUUUAAAUAAAGAAAUAAAAAUCUAAUCCAACAUAUUUAUGUGAUAAACAAUUAAAAAUAUCUAUUUUUGAUUAAUAAUAAAGUCAAUAGUAAAUUUGCACUUAAGAACUCUCAUAAGCUGAAUAGCUUUUGAUCAAUAUUCUUAAAUGA